CCCACAACAAACUCCUCACUACUUUCAAGUUUUUAUCAACGUUACUACCCGAAUACGAAUACCCGCUCGCCGGAAGUCCGCCGUGGCUGCAUCUUCGCCUAAUCAUCCUCCCGCUUUCGCGUCUUUCCCUCUCAACUACAAAUUCCAUUCUAAGAUCUCACAUCUUCUCCUCUUCCCUUCCGUCAUGAAGCAAAUCCACAAGCAGUCAAGCGCCAACCAGCACCAGAUCCCAACCCACAGCCCCUCCUACCCCGCAAAAACCCAAAAGCAGCACAACUCUCGCUCCUCGAUCCCCCGUUCCGUAGCCUCCUAUAUUUUCCGCGAGCAGCGCCUCCUCUUCGUACUCGUUGGCGCUGUCAUCGCGUCCUCCUUUUUCCUUCUCCACCCCUACUACCACGCUCCCAUCCCUGCCCCAAUUAUCCCCCUCUUUCGCCGAUCCACUGUUGCCGGGGGCUCGACGGUGGUUUCCACCCCCACCGUUGUCAGCCGUGUCAAUGGUGGUGGAGCGAGGAGGGUUCCGGUUGGUCUCAGGAAACCACCGUUGCGGAUUGUGGUCACCGGUGGGGCGGGCUUUGUUGGGAGUCACCUCGUGGAUAAGCUGAUUGCGAGGGGGGAUAGUGUGAUUGUAAUCGAUAAUUUCUUCACUGGAAGGAAGGAUAAUCUUGUGCAUCAUUUUGGGAAUCCGAGGUUUGAGCUCAUACGACACGAUGUCAUUGAGCCGAUUUUGCUAGAGGUGGAUCAGAUCUAUCACCUAGCGUGCCCGGCUUCGCCUGUGCACUACAAAUACAACCCCAUUAAGACUAUCAAGACAAAUGUGAUGGGAACACUGAACAUGCUUGGCUUAGCAAAGAGGAUUGGAGCUAGGUUCCUCUUAACAAGUACUAGCGAGGUUUAUGGAGAUCCGCUUGAGCACCCUCAGAAGGAGACAUAUUGGGGACAUGUCAAUCCUAUCGGUGUUAGAAGUUGUUAUGAUGAAGGGAAAAGAACAGCCGAAACUCUGACCAUGGAUUAUCAUCGAGGUGCAGAAGUUGAGGUUCGUAUUGCUCGCAUUUUCAACACUUAUGGGCCUCGUAUGUGUAUAGAUGAUGGCCGUGUUGUUAGCAACUUCGUUGCACAGGCCUUACGCCGGCAGCCGAUGACCGUUUAUGGGGAUGGAAAACAAACUCGAAGUUUUCAAUUUGUUUCGGACUUGGUUGAUGGACUGGUAACACUAAUGGAAAGCGAGCACAUUGGACCUUUCAACCUGGGAAAUCCUGGGGAAUUCACAAUGUUGGAGCUAGCUGAGGUGGUAAAAGAGACAAUUGAUCCAAGUGCAACCAUUGAUUUCAAGCCCAACACAGCAGAUGAUCCCCACAUGAGGAAACCAGACAUCAGUAAGGCAAUGGAGUUUCUGAACUGGGAGCCCAAGAUCUCACUCAGGGAAGGCCUUCCCCUAAUGGUAAAUGAUUUCCGGAAACGCAUUUUGGACGAGCAGAAGUAACACUACCUGGAAUUCCUCAACACAUUGACUCACAUAACAGCCGGUAAACAAUGAAGUUAACUCUGGUUAAAACAAUCUGCAAUGACUAAACUAUCUCUGAUUCUACCGUUCAACAAUCCAGCCACACAUGGCUUCAAUACUGCAAUGAGUUAACCAUGGUUGAACACCAUCUGGAUUUACUCGAUGAAACUGGAACACUAUUUGUAUGCGGCAUCUUUUAACUCGACUUUAGUUGCAGAUUUCCUGGUUAGAGUAUAAAUAUUUAUAUUGCAUUUAUAAAAUUUGAUGCAAUUCUUA